AAAAAGACUCAAAAACUUCAGCAUCCACAUUGAGAUCGGCCAUGGCUUCUACUAAUGAAAGCUGACUGGCUCCAUUCUUGUGCCCUUUGUGAUGUCACUUCCGCCAAAACAAACGCAGGAGUUUCAGCUGUGGGUUUUUUUCUUCAGUGAAAAAAAAAAGGAUUAUUUAUUUUUUGGUUACAUCCAGUAGCUGGAAAGCCACGCUUCAUCAAAAAGAUGUGUUUUUACUGUGAGUGAACAUUUGUUAGAGGAAGAGAAAAGAAAAAUGCACCACUGUGUGGCAUCUUUAAAAUCUGGGACCAAAAUUAAAAGAGCAGCUACGGUAGCCUGAGCUUCUAAUCUGGUUUCCUGGUUCACACGUCGUCCUCGGUGUGUAUUUACCGGCUUUUCUGGACUCAUGUGAACAAGAUUAAUAAAAAAACACACACACACACACACACUGAGGCCUAUUGAUUAUGGUCCAAUAUGGGGAACAGGCUUUCCUACCCAUGUGGAUUAGAUGUCUAAAGCUCAAAGAGCACAACCAGCUCAUGUGACAGAAUUAUAUUAACAUAGCAAAGCGGUUAGCUUCAUCCAGGUUUCAUUUUAGGUCAUUAAGGAUGAAGGAGCGUUUUCAUUAUACAAAGAAGGACUUCAGUGAAGUUCAAAUGCAGGAAUGUUUACCAAAUCCACACCAGGUCAACAUGAUACGUGCAAGCUGAAAUAUGUCACAUCGGCAAACAUCUGGGAUGGGAGUCCAUAAGUUAGCACAUUAGGGCUGUUGUACAUAGGAAAAAAAAGGAGUAAGUUUCCACCAAAAAACUCAACAUUUUGAAAUUAAUCUCAGGAAUUUUCAAGAAAAAACUUGGAAAUUUCAGACUUCCAAAAGUUGAACAAGUUCUCAAUUUUUUUUAUUAGAAGAUUAGAGAUUUUUGACUGAAAUUUACUAUCUAUCUACAAUGGCACUAAUGCACCAAUCGAGAACCGGUUGCUAGGAGGUAAAUCCCUUGGAAUCGUUAAAGCGCCUGCCUAGCAACGGAUCUCGUCGGCUCCAGAACGUGUCUGUGUGACGGUGCGUCGCACGCGCUCCAUAUUUUUGAUUUAGAGAAUGUCCAAGAUGGCGUCGCGACAAAAGCGCUCCAAGGCACGGUGACAUUACCAAAAAAAAAAAGACGAUAGUAGGCCCGGUUGCGACGUGUGCAGAGCUUUAAUAACAACAUAAGAAUGAGAUGCCUCCAUUUCCACACCUCAUUUCCCCUUAGAAACAGGAGCACCGUUGGGUGUUGCAACAGGGAAAAGGUCUCCAGCCUAAAUCCGUUGAAAAUGAACAGACUGCAUUUACAGGCUGAGUCCGUAUGGAAAAGCAGAAUCGCUACAUGAGCUCUACCGUUUCUGCGGUGAAACCGCUAGCUACUUCCUGAAGAGGAUUAAAACCAAACACCAAUAGGAGUGUAUGGUGGUUUUGAGUGGAACUUACCGCAUGGUGUCGGAGGAGGAGCAGGCGCUCAGGGCCAAGCUGGAGCAUCUCACCAUCAAGGACCACGGCCCCGUGUUUGGACCCUGUGCCAGCCUGCCAGACCACACCAGGCAGAAGGCCAAAGAUGAGCUGAACGAGACGGAUGAGAAGCGCGUGUCGGCAGCGAAGGAGCUUCGAGCGAUCAUUAAGGAGAAGGCGGAAGCCGGAGACGACCUGGCCAAGGGGGUGCAGGACACCUUUGGGGAGAAACCAGACAGUCUGCUGGUCCGCUUUAUCCGCGCCAGGAAGUACGACGUGCCCAGAGCCUUCGACCUCAUGAAGGGAUAUGUCCGCUUCCGGAAGGAUUACCCCGAGCUGUUUGAGAACCUGACCCCAGAGGCCGUGCGCAGCACCAUCGAGGCCGGCUACCCUGGCAUCCUCCACAGCAGAGACAAAUACGGACGUGUGGUUCUGCUCUUCAACAUCGAGAACUGGGACUACGAGGAGAUCACCUUUGACGAGAUUCUGCGUGCCUACUGCGUGAUCCUCGAGAAGCUGCUGGAGAACGAGGAGACUCAGAUCAACGGCUUCUGCAUCAUUGAAAACUUCAAGGGCUUCACCAUGCAGCAGGCCUCAGGGAUCAAACCAACCGAGCUCAAGAAGAUGGUGGACAUGUUGCAGGACUCCUUCCCAGCCCGUUUCAAGGCCGUGCACUUCAUCCACCAGCCCUGGUACUUCACCACCACCUACAACGUGGUGAAACCCCUCAUGAAGAGCAAGCUGCUAGAGAGAGUGUUCGUCCACGGAGACGAGCUGGACAGCUACUACAAGGAGUUUGACCCCGAAAUUCUUCCGUCCGAGUUUGAUGGAAAAGGUUCCAAGUACGACGGCAAGGCCACGGCGAACAAGCUGUUCGACUAGUCGUCGUAGAAACCUGUCGCCCAACAGUCUGACAGCUGUAAUACAGUGGGGAAAAAAAAUGUAAGAAUAAUCCAGCUGUGUGGAUGUAGGAAGAAUAGUUAUGAAUGAAACAUAGGAGAGUGUGUAAAAGGCUGAGGAGGAGUCCGUUUUCCAGAUGUUCUGACAAAACCCAGUCCUACAGGAAGGGGGCGGUAGUGGGCUGAAACCUUGGCUCUCAGUCUCUAACUCAUGAAUUUUGAGCAGAAAUUACAAAUGGUUUUAUAAUUUGACAAAUAUUUUACCCAAAACGGACAGCAAUUUAAAUUCACACGGAAACCUGAUUGGAAAAUAAAUAUUUCUUUCUGCAUUAAAAGAGAAAAUGUUGUCCACUGAUUUCCCAACACACCAUCUUAGAAGCUGAAAAAGAAAGUCCCAUCAGGCACGAUAUUUCAAUCACCUUCAUUACGGCUGAAUCGCCGUGGCAACUGGGUAUAUUUUAAACAGAUUUCAGGAGUUUUAAUGUUUUACACACCUGAUGAUGAGACUCAAAGUAUGACAUGUCUGUCAUUUCUUUUUUUAGAUUCACUUUCAGAAUAAAAGCAAGUUUUACCGACGCA